AGAGUCAGAGUAUCGUCCGCUCCGGUCGGCCGCUAACAAUUUCCAGACGGAUCCGGCGAGAGCGCGUUACGUAACGCAGUCGAGUCCCGCUGGCAAAACCGAUAAGAUUGCUCCGGCAGAUCAGCGCGAAACAGCGCGUAACGUAACGACAACGGCAACGACGACGCCUAAGCCACGAGAAUGUACGUGGGCCACGCACAGGCCCGCGCGUCCGCUCGCAUUUAGUCCAUCGAGAAGCAAAGCGGCGCGCGGACACGCCGACGAGGGCACCGAGCGAACGAGUGAGUGUCGCGAUCGUGUCUUCCUGCCGUCGUUCUACGACGAUCCUGCUCGGGGAACAUGGACGAGCCGCCGGCGGAAACGUAUUUGGGCCUAGACUUGAGCACGCAGCAGUUGAAAGCGGUGGUAGUUGACGAUAAUCUGGCCGUCCUUCACGAGACCAGUGUACAAUUCGAUAAUGAUCUACCGGAAUUUAGAACUUAUGGAGGAAUCAUACAAAACAAAGAGGAACCGCACGUUGUCGUGGUACCGUCUUUGAUGUGGAUUAAGGCUUUAGACAUGAUACUUGAUAAAUUGCGGGUAUGCGGUGUUGAUUUUAGCAAGGUAGCAGCCAUCUCAGGAUGCGCGCAGCAACACGGCACGGUUUAUUGGGGCAAAGGCAGUCGAAGUCGGUUACAACGUUUGGAUCCCAUAAAAUUUCUGCACGAACAAUUCGCCACGUCGUUUUCCGUGACUCAUUCGCCCGUGUGGAUGGAUUCUAGUACGUCAAAAGAAUGUAGCGUUUUGGAAGAGAUCGUGGGUGGCUCUCAUAAAUUAGCGGAAAUAACAGGUUCGCGGGCGUACGAGAGAUUCUCGGGACCGCAGAUAGCGAAAAUAGCACGCACGAAGCCGGAAGCCUACUGCAACACUGAGAGAAUCUCAUUGGUGAGCAAUUUUCUUGCCUCCUUAUUCCUGGGCGAUUACGCGCCUAUCGAUUGGUCGGACGGUUCGGGUAUGAAUCUGUUAAAUAUUCGUACAAAAGACUGGGAUGAUCUGCUAUUAGAGACUUGCGCAUCGGGACUGAGAGAGAAAUUGGAUAAGCCUGUUUCGUCAUAUAGUAAUAUCGGUCCUAUCUCGCCUUAUUUCGUAGAGAGAUUCGGGUUCCACGAAGAGUGUAGAAUAAUCGCAUUUACUGGGGACAACUCAGGUUCUUUGGUGGGUAUGAGGCUAAAAGAAGGCGAUAUCGCUUGCAGUUUGGGCACGAGCGAUACGUUAUUCUUGUGGUUGAACGAACCGAAGACCAUAACAGACGGUCACAUACUGUGCAAUCCAGUAAAUGAUCAAGCUUACAUGGCAUUACUUUGCUUUAAGAAUGGUUCCCUGACACGCGAGAGAAUACGGAACGAGGCUGCGCAGGGCAGCUGGCAAAUAUUCGACGAACUGUUAGAAAGCACGCCGCGAGGAAACUUCGGCAACUUUGCCUUAUACUUCGAUACGCAAGAGAUUCUGCCUUUCGUCAUCGGAGAUUAUAGAUAUAAUAAAGCGAACGACGAGAUCUCUCGAUACAGUUCGAAGGAAGUGGAAGUGAGAGCUCUAAUCGAAGGCCAAUUUGUCGCAAAGAGAGCGUAUGCCGAAGACUUGGGAUUUGUCAUUGGACCUAAUACGCGAAUAAUCGCAACGGGUGGUGCGUCUAUAAAUAAAGCUAUAUUACAAGUGCUUUCCGACGUUUUCAAUUCACCGGUGUAUAUCUCGGAAGCAGUUAAUUCUGCUAUGAUGGGUGCGGCGUAUCAAGCGAAGCAUGGUUUGUUGCGGGAUAAAUGCAGCUUCGACGAAAUUACAAAUUGCUUGCCCGAACUGACUCUCGUAAGCCAACCUUACGAUGAUGCCGAAUCCAUUUACAAACCUAUGACGCUGCGUUACCGCAAAACCGUAGAUCAGAUAUUGAAGAAAAGAAACGAGCAGAAGCAUGUGUAAAUUUUGUAUAUAAUUUUGCCUUUGCACUGAAACUGUGAUGCUGAAAGAUCGUCUCCGCGCUCGAAUGUCAUAGUUUCAUUGCAACAAUAAAAUAUUCUAAAGAAAGAGGCCUUAUCGCGAUAUUUUAAAGUAAAUACAAAGCGAUAUUUGUUAUGUUUUUUGGCAGGUUAAAGUUUUCUAUGCAUAUAUAAUUGUAAUUGCGUACGUGUGUCAUCAGAAAAUUAUGUACAUAUUUAAAUAAUGGAUAAAUAAUUGUAUGCAACAAGCUGUCGCAGGUUCCGCUCCAUUCGCUUGCAAAUUUCGCUUUACAACUAUCGAAACCGAUCGACAAAUUGUAUACCUAAAGAUAUUAUCGACUAUGCUUUAUUAAUAGAUAGAAAUUACUUGAUGAAUCUUUGUAAAUUCAAUUUGCCGAUCGAUUUUUCGCACUUACAAUUAGUUACAAGCCUAGUUACGCUCACUGCCGAAUAAAAAUCAGCUUGUGCCUUCCUUUUUUGAAAAUUAUGGUUUUAUUUCACUAAUUUGCUACGUUGUGAUAUCCGAAAUGUAAAUAUGAGAUGAGAUAUAUUUUGUGCUGCAUGAAGUAUGAAUUCGGCAGUGGCUUGUCCAGAUAAUUGUAAAAUUUAUGUUAAAAUUGCAAUCAAAAGCAGCUCUUUUUGCAGAGUGUAUUUUAUUUAAAACAUCUGUUGAACGAUGUUAAUUUUAAAUUUAAUUUAAUUUAACGAUGUUCGACGAAAAAAGAGAAUGAUUUAAUGUAUCAUAAAAGCAAGUGCUUGAUUGCUGUGUAAGCAAUUGCAUCAAUAAAUAAAAUUCUUUUAUCACAUCAACAAACUGUUCAUCUAAAAUUGUAUUUUGACAAUUUAUUUUUGUAAUAAUAAUAAAUAUUAGCAA